CAGUAGUCUUCAUUUUUUUUCACGAUCAACAUGUUUUGAGGUUAUUUCGGCAGAGGCUGGCAUCGGCGAUGCAGCCGUUAAAAUUCUUGGUGUCGCCCGGAAAUUCGAAGUUUAUCACGGGACGGAAUCGUCAAACAGGCCUGCGGUUACUUGGUUCGCAAUGCAACGUUGCGCAGAGCGGAGAGAAGAGCGAGGAUUGCAAAAUCGUUCCUUGUUGGAGCGAGAGGAACGCGGCGGACGCCUACGAGCGAGAGCUGACCCAGGUGCGCAAGAAGGCGAUCGACCUCCAGAUCCUGACAAAAAACUCGUGCAAAUCUCUGUUGGAUUCGAUGAACGCAGUGGACAAUGAACCUUCACCCGAAUUGCGUCAACUGGACUUGGAAAUCGAGCGGAAGAUCCGCGAGAUAAGCAGCAUGAGCCUCGUCUGCGGCGCCAGAAAACGACUCGAGAGCUACGCCCUGGCCGAGAAGGUCGCCGCGAACCUGCAGGUGUGGCUCUGCGGAAACGCGGCUGGCGUGCGUUGCGUCGAGUGUCGCCUCGGAGAGCUGGAGUGUCGGAUUCGCGAGCGCACCGACACGGCCGUGGAGAUGGUGCGCACCUGCAGGGGCUGCGUCUCGAGCCAAGCGCUUCUGAGCUGCCUCGGCGAUGCCAGCGCCGCAGCGGCUCGCCUGCUGGAGACUGGCGAGGAGCACGUGAAAAGCGAGGUGGACAACGUCGAGCAGCUCUGUGACCGGUUCAGACUCGAGAACGCGAAGGAACGGGAGAGGGUCACGAGUCCCCUUGUCAGCGAGCUCGCCUCCUUCGAUCGAGACUUGGACAGCUGCAUCGAGGAGCUAGACUCUGCUACUGACCGUCGAAGAAAGCGGUAGACAUCCUGCUGCUGGGACUGGCCGGGACGGAGACGGUGGCGGUAGCCGGGCCCGAGAGGAAGGCCCGCUUGACCUUGUUCCACUUGGAGUCCUGCCUGUGAAGCUGCCUCGGCUGAUGCGUCGCGUCGUCCGUCGACGGCGAGUUGUUGUUGUCGUUGCUCGUCGAAGCCGCGGACUCUGGCGACGAGAGGAGGCUGCGCAGCUCCUCGCUCGACGGCACCGUGAUCCUCAGGGUAGGGGUCAGUCGCAGAUGCUGCUGCUGGGCGAUCCUCUCCGCGUCCUGGAGCAGCGUGUCCGCCGACGAGUCGAGACUGCUCGACAGCGAGUAGCCGUCCUCGCUGCGGAUGCUGCCCCGGUUGAUCCUCUCUCGGCGCGACUGGAUCAUAUCCUUGACCAUGGCCCAGGGAGUUUUGGCAGCUGUUGCUCUCGUUUCCUGCGCAGUCAGUAGGCCGGCUCUUUUACAUGUACUGUCGAUUCACCGGAUUCAAUAAAGCGCACGCGACGUUCAACGCAGAAACAUAACGUGUAAA